AUGGUAUCGACACAUCGUAAUGUCAUAAAACGAUGCUUCUCUGGGGUUAAUAAUCAUGUUACGAUAUUGGCAAACUCUAACUCUGCAGAUGCCAGAGGGGCGAGGUUCAUGCAGUCGCUUAAGAAAGUCUCUGGAGGUGAGAGUUUUGACUAUUUUGGCCUCGGAGGUCAUAGGAUGAGAUAUGAAGGACUUGCUAAUAGUGAAAUUGAUAUUGGAAAUUUUAAUGAUAAGACUUUUUAUACUUGGAGGAAAACCAAGCAGUUAACCGAAAAUCAUAGCGCUAUGAGAUGGAGUAGCUGGAACUGGAUUAACGCUCAUUAUCGUAGAAAUGCUAACUCAGUUCUCAGUCUCUUAGAAGAGAAUGAUUUUGUAAGAAAUAUUUACAAACAUAAGCCAUCUGUGGUUAUCUCCUUCGAUAAUGAAUACUUCACUCUUGAGUUGAUGCAAAGGCUGAACAAGUACUACACUAAUAGUCCUGAAAUGCCAAAGAAGCAUUAUGUUAACAGAUUUGUUAGAGAUUUCAGGCAUUAUCAUGAAAAAUAUAUUGAUUACAUGCACUAUACCAUUCCUAAAAGAACAGCUACUCCAGGUGGAUAUUUCUUCCCAGGACAAUAUGUUGGACAGCAAGGUGUCUACGAUGCUGUAAAGCACUUAUUGACCUCAGACCCUGAACUCAGGCAUUUGGUUCAAGAAAACUCUGUCCAGCUUAAUGAAAAAUGGUUUGCAGGAGACUUAGAAAAAGCUAUCCAAAAACUCAAAGCCAAGUUCAGACAGACGCAUCAGAUCGAUGAUGAUGCCACAGUGAUCUUCUUUGCUCCUGGCAAUGAACACAACGAGUCUACUUUCUCUUUCGAGUCAGUCAGAAACGGAGUCCAAGAAUUCUUGCUCAAGUACUCUGCUCCCACAAGUUUGUCUCCAGUGGCAAAGCCUCUCCACAAGUUCCACACAGUCAUUUCUGUCGAGCAAGGGUCUGCUGCUGAAGCCCAUGUCAGAGAACUGCUCGACCAGAGAGGAUGGAAGGGAGCCUACACUCUUGUCACCAACGCAAACAACGAACACUUGGAUGCCAUGGCAGCCAGUGACCUCGGCAUUGUGUAUGACGGCCAGAUGGUCGGAGCUGCUGCUGUGAACCACUUGCCGACAAUGAUUCUGCUCGACAUGAGAAUGCACCACCAAUGGUACCACGACCUGUUCAACAGAUGGUGGAACGAAAUGGUCACAAUUGCUGACAAAGACAUUUACCCAGAGAUCAUCGGGGGUCAAGCCUGGUUCGGUAAAAUCUGAGACACUCUUGGAGAAUGGUACGUUGAGCCAAGCAUCAAGUAUGACAUGGUCAGAGACUGGGAGGGAUUCAUCAAAGAUUCAAUGCACAGACUCAACAGUUUCGAAGUUGACAAGCUGAAGGGAGACAAUGAAAUCAUUGUGCAUGAUGGAAAGGAGUAUGGCACAUAUGCAGACGGAUACCAUUUGAUGGCAAAGAAAGUAUGGAAAGACAUUCAACAAUUUGAUACAAGAGAUGGAUAUGUUGAGCAGACUUCUGCAAGAAUGCUUCACAAACAUGUUGCCGACUUCAACUAG